AUUUUUUAUAUCAAUAAUUAUUAGGCGACAUUAUGUCAUUCAUAAAGGAGAAUAUAAAAAUGGUAAAAAAGUUGGUAGAUGGAAUGCUUGUUGGAUUUCAGGAAUAUAGAUGUAGAAUUAAAUUAUAGAAAUAUAUAUUUUAUAGUGGAGGUGGAUGCUAUGAUGAGCAAGGUAUUAAGAUUGGGAAAUGGAUUGAUAUGUCUGAGGGAUUUUAUUGUUAGAAAUAAGUAACUUAUCAAGGUGAAUAUAAAAAUGGCAACAAAGUUGAUAGAUGGAAAGCCUUUUGGAUUUCAGGAUUUGAAAUGUAGAAAUAAAUUCUAUAAGUUUUUUUAUAGAGGUGGUGGAUGCUAUGAUAAUGGCAUAAAGGUUGGGAAAUGGAUUGAUUUGGAUGACGGAUUUUAUAGUUAGAAAUAAGUAACUUAUAAGGGUGAAUAUAAAAAUGGUAACAAAGUUGGUAGAUGGAAUGCUUUUUGGAUUUCAGGAUUUGAAAUGUAGAUAAAUAUAUAAAAAUGUUUAUAGUGGUUAGUAAUGUUGUUAUGAUGGUUGGUGGAAUACUGGUAAGGAAUCUAUAAAAAUGUAUAAUUAAAUUUUCUAAAUAAUCUUAUAGAGGUGGUGGAUGCUAUGAUUAACAAGGCGAUGGCAUUAAGAUUGGGAAAUGGAUUGAAUUGGAUGACGGAUUUUAUGAAAAGAAAUAAGUAACUUAUAAGGGUGUAUAUAAAAAUGGCAUUAAAGUUGGUAGAUGGAAUGCUUUUUGGAUUUCAGAAUUUUAAAUGUUGUUAUAAAUUCUAUAAAUAUUCUUUAUAGAGGUGGUGGAUGCUAUGAUGAACAAGGUGAGGGCAUUAAAAUUGGAAAAUGGAUUGAUUUGGAUGAUGGAUUUAAUGAAAAGAAAUAAGUUUUUUAUAAGGGUGAAUAUUAAAAUGGUAGCAAAGUCGGUAGAUGGAAUACUAUUUUGAUUUCAGGAAUAAUGUAAAUUUUAUAAAUAAUUUUAUAGAUGUGGGGGAUGCUAUGAUAAUAAAGGUAAUGAAAUUAAGAUUGGAAAAUGGAUUGAUUUGGAUGAAGCAUUUAAUGAAUAGAAAUAAGUAAUAUACGAUGGUGAAUAUAUGAAUGGUAAAAAAGUUGGGAGAUGGAAAACUUAUUUGAUUUCAGCAAGACAAACGUAAAUUUAAUAAAUAUUAUUGAUAGGGGUGGAGGAUGCUAUGAUGAAUAAGGUGGAGGAUGCUAUGAUGAAUAAGGUGGUAAGAUUGGGAAAUGGAUUGAUUUAUGUGAUGUCUAUCAGAGAAAGUAAUAAGUAUUUUAUGCUGGAGAGUAUAAAAAUGAUAAAAAGGUUGGCAUUUGGGAGAUUUCAUAUUGGAAUGAUCAAAUGAAAAAUCAUCAAUACCUGUAAUAUAAAGAAUUUUAAUAUAUAGCGGUGGCGGAUUUUAUAAUGAAAGUGGCAUUAAAAUUGGAAAGUGGAUUGAUUUGUACGAGGUUGAAUAAGAUGAUACUUUUACAACUUAUCAUGGUAACUAUUAAAAUGGGGAAAAAGUUGGUGUAUGGAAUGUAUUUUAUGGAGAUCAGGAAAUUGAUAAAAUUUAAUAUCAAAAUUGA